GCAGCCAUUAGACUUUUGGAGCGACUACCCGCGGCUUGCCGCCCUGCCCCCCCCUGCCCGAUGCCGGCCAAUUCUGCAGUGGUUGUGUGUGAGGAUGCAGAUGCCCAUCCCUUCGCACAGAUGCCCCCAGCGACCACUUUGAAGAAUCUACCGACAGCGGCGCUGACCGGUUUAGUAUGCGAUUGCGCAGCACGCGGUGAAAUCGAGGGUAUUCGCAGUUUGAUCGAAGCGCGGGCAGAUCCAAAUAUGGGCACUGCCUACGACAUGCGAACCCCCUUGCAUCUGGCGGCUGCAGCAGGUAAUUUGAAAUUAGCGCGAUUCUUGAUUGAAGACUGCGGUGCGACCUUGCGAAGAGAUCGCUUUGGGCUACUCCCAAUCCACGAUGCGGUUCAGAAUGGCCACAACGAUGUGCGGCGAUACCUGCAAAGCUGGAAGUUAUCAGCCACGGAGUGCUUCAUUCGAAAACACGUGGCCUCCAACAAAACUCCUGUUGACUCCAAAUCUGUCGAGAAUCUUGUGAUCAUGGGGGAUCAAAUGGAACCUUUGCCAGAAGUGAUGAGUGCCGUCUUUGAGCUUGUCGUCAAAGAAGGUAUUUUCAGCUACAGUACCGUCCAAGCCGAAGUGGAACAUUUCUUCAACAGCUUGGGCUUCCAUCGCAUGUACUAUCAGCAUUUCACCUCGAUGCAGAUUGCCAAGCACAUCCAGUGCCUCAUUGCAGCGAAGCAUGUGGCACAUGCGACAAACCACCUUCACUCUCUGGAGUUCGAUCUAUGCACUGAGCACAAUGCCUUCUUCCUAACAACUCUGGGUUCCGAUCCCAACGUCCCAACAGAGUCCCAGUUGAAGACGGAGGAAAAAAUCGCAGAGCAUCUUGGCCUCGACCUCACUCAAUCCAUUUCGCUGACCUUCAUGGCAUCGGAAGGGCCUGCCUUCCGGGGAGAGAAGGAGCGCCUAGGGAUCUACAGUUUGGAGCGAGGUCAUUUUGAAAAGAGUCGCGUCUCAGACCAAGAGACGUGUCUUAACGUUCUCGCCUCAUCGGCCUUUCUGAAAGGCAAGACCAAAGAGGCAAAGGAACAGUACCAGAUUGUCAUGGAAGAUGUCGUGGCAUCUCGCCGGUCCAUGGUGAACAUCAUCCCCGGGGAGGCAUAUCCUGGGAACUUCUCUGGCUUUGUGGUUCUCUUUGCUACGGCUGAGACCGCCGGUAGGAACUAUUUCAAGGAAGUUUGGCAGUCCAUGCGUUUCUUGAGCCUCUGUCCCCGCCGGUUUUACUACACCACCUUUGCCAACGGCGUCGUCACUUACAGCUUGUUCUUCCCGGCCGGAGUGGAAAAGCAGGUGGAACGACUGAAACGCUCUUUACUGUACUCCACGCUAUUGAAGGCAACGCCAAACAACUCUGCACUGAUCUAUGACAGCGUCAUGCAGUCCCACAUUUCCCACGAAUGUGGUCUGUAUCUUUUGGCUGCUGUGAAAUUUGUGUACGACUUCUUUCCAAAGGAGCAGUACGCACCCGAGUACAUCUCGGUGCACAAGGUGCUGGAACAUGAUCCAGCAAGCCAGAGAAAGUUAGAGACCUUGUACAAGCUUUGUAUCAAGGACUUGCUUUCCACUGAGCGUAUCUAUCAGCUUGUCCAGAGGUACUGUGAUCUCGCAAGGAUGUUCUUCGAAGACUUCUCAAAGAUUGCAUUGGGAGAAGUGGAGCCCAGAUUCAACGCAGAGAUCAGCAAGGCGACUCAACUGCAGUAUUUGGAGACUCGAAUAAACAGCAGCUGGAUGGCUACAGAAGCCGUUUCUGGUCUAGUCCUGACCCUGUUUCAGGAGCCAACUCCGGGUGCUUUGUCCUUCCGUUUGAAUCCGGCCAUCGCUUUGAAAGACAGACCCACGAGAUCCCACAUGGUCGAGAUCUCAGUGGAUGAGAGUUGGAGGUGCAUUUAUCUGAUCUGCGGCCGGGAUUUCAUGGGCUUCCACACCCGAUUCCGAGAUGUUUCACGUGGCGGCAUCAGGCUGGUCCUCUCCCGUGACAAGACCACCUACGAGCGAAACUUUGCCACGCUCUUUGAAGAAUGCUAUAAUUUAGCGUUUACACAGCAGUACAAGAACAAGGACAUUCCAGAAGGUGGAUCGAAAGGUGUGAUCCUUCCAGACCGAUCUUGGCCCAACAGCAAUGGCGGCAAUGUGGUAGCUGGCGCUUCGAUCCAGGGCCCUUUGGGGAUGAGGUCUUGCUUCACGCGCUACUUGGGUGCCUUGCUGGAUUGCAUGAUGCCAGAGCAGAGUGGCAUCUAUGCCGGACAUUUGAAGGGUCGACCAGAGAUCUUGUUCUUUGGUCCUGACGAGAAUACUGCAGGCUUCAUGGAUCUUGGCGCAGAGCAUGCAAGGGUGAGAGGAUAUCCUUAUUGGAAGUCUCUGACUACUGGAAAGAGUGUGGCUUUAGGAGGAGUCCCUCAUGAUACCUAUGGCAUGACCACCCAAAGCGUACAUACCUAUGUCACAGAGCUUCUCAAAGAAUUGGGCGAGGAGGAGGAUAAGAUCACAAAGUUUCAGACUGGCGGUCCAGACGGAGAUCUGGGAAGCAAUGAAAUCCUGAUCUCCAAAGACUUGACCAUCGGCAUCGUCGACGGCUCUGGCGUCCUGUAUGACCCCAGCGGACUGUCGCGUGCGGAGCUGACCCGCUUAGCACAGCGGCGUGUGCCGGUGAGGGAGUUCAAUCGCUGCUUCUUGGGCAAAGGUGGCUUCCUUGUGACUGUGGAAGAGACCAACAUCACUCUGCCCGACGGCUCAACAUGGCUCUCGGGCGCCGAGCUUCGAGAUAACUUUCAUUUGACAGAGUAUGCCAGUGCAGAUUUGUUUGUCCCCUGCGGCGGAAGACCCAACUCAGUUACUACAGACAACGUGAAGCGCCUCUUCACGUCAGAUGGAAAGCCGAAGUUCCGAAUGGUCGUGGAGGGUGCCAACCUUUUCUUUUCCGACACAGCGAGAGGUAUUUUAGAGGCGGCAGGCGUUCAUAUCUUCAAGGAUGCAUCCACCAAUAAGGGUGGCGUGAAUUCAAGCUCCCUAGAAGUCUUAGCCGCGCUGGCAUUGACGGAGGAGGACCAUUCCUCCAUGAUGUGCUUUGAUCCAGCUUGCGGUGGUGUGCCACCAACGUUCUACGAAACGUAUGUGAGGCAGAUACAGGACACCAUUGUCGAAAAUGCUCGCAAUGAGUUCCGAGCAAUUUGGACUUGCAACCAGCGUGGCAUCUCAAAAGUGCAGGCAACGAAGCUGAUCUCCAGUAAGAUUAAUGGCUUGCAGGAUGCGAUCAUGGAGCAAUUCAUCAGCAUGUGCAGCUCAGAGCGGGAGAGGCUUGUCAGACAAGUACUUGAGCUUGCAGUUCCUCCUGUGAUGCUUCAGCAUCUCACUGUGGAGCUCAUUUUACAGCGCAUACCCAGCAAUUACAUGGCUGCUGUGGUAGGCGCAUGGGUGGCAUCUCGCUUUGUGUACAGUCAGGGAGUGGAUGCUGCCGAAGUCUCCUUUUUUUUCUUUUUGCGCAACUUGCUGAGCAAGGCGCCAGCGCAAAGUAUAGCAAAGUAGUAAGGGAAAGAUCCCGGUUCCAAUGUGGUUCGAGGGACCUUUUGGCAGAAGGGGCUGCUUUUGGUGUGGCAUGGAGCCUCACAAGUUUUGCCACGGGAUCGAAGAUGUGUUUUAAAACUCUUGGGCUGUCAGGGACUGGAGAAUUUCAGUAUAC